UACAGACUAUAAGGUGUAAUAUGUAGUCGUGUUUACUUAGUACAACCAUAAAAAGGAUAGUACAGGCGUGUAAUAAUAAAAUCUUAACACACUAUUUGAUUAGCUUAUAUCAACACUGCAUGUGAAUUUUUAAAGAUUUAAAAGUACGCCGUCAAUAAAAAGAGAAGAUGGAUUUCGUAAAAAAAUCAGCCUUUUUAAUGUUGCUGAGUCUACAAAUCAGUUCAGUAUUAUCUAAUUGCUCAAGCUCCAGCAGCACACGCCCGAGAUCGAAACUAUGUUGCACACAAGGAAGUAUUGGCGCAGGUUAUUGUUUAAAUAUAUGGCCAACAUGCGGCACUACCACCAACGCGAGUGCAAGUCCUGGUUCAGUUCGUUGCUCAACCCACAUCGAUUGUCCAGGAUCAGAGUUUUGCUAUACAAGGGGAGCGGUGUAUUGUUCACCAUUCAGUGCAACCACAAAAAAGCCGACUAAUUGCUCAAACCAUUUUGACUGCCCGGGAUUGGAAUUUUGUUGCACUCAAGGAAGUGGCGUUGGUUAUUGUUCGGAGACAUUCCGGUGUAAAACUACGACCACUACCACCACCACUACCACUACUACAAAACCAAAAUCAGCUAAUUGCUCAAACCAUUUUGACUGCCCGGGAUUGGAACUUUGUUGCACUCAAGGAAGUGGCGUUGGUUAUUGUUCGGAAGCAUUCCGGUGUAAAACCUAUACCUUAUCAACUAAUUGCUCAAACCAUUUUGACUGCCCGGGAUUGGAACUUUGUUGCACUCAAGGAAGUGGCGUUGGUUAUUGUUCGGAGACAUUCCGGUGUAAAACUACGACCACUACCCCCACCACAACUAUGGCUACCACAACUAUGACUACCACCACCACUACUACAAAACCGAAAUCAGCUAAUUGCUCAAACCAUUUUGACUGCCCGGGAUUGGAACUUUGUUGCACUCAAGGAAGUGGCGUUGGUUAUUGUUCGGAGACAUUCCGGUGUAAAACUACGACCACUACCACCACCACUACCACUACUACAAAACCAAAAUCAGUUCGUUGCUCAAGUGCCCGGGAUUGCGCAGAAAACGAGUUAUGUUACAACAGAGGAACUUCCUCGAGUUACUGCUUACGCAUCAGCACAACCACAAGAGAGCCGGUGUCCGUUCGUUGCUCCAGCUCUCUUCCCUGUCCGGGACCACAAAGUUGUUGUUCAUCAAGAAAUUUCUCAAGUUAUUGUUCAACUGGGCCAUGUAGGAAAAUUCUCCACGAACGCCCUCCAUUUGAGAGCUUUUCUACCAACGAUUUGGAUGUAAUUAUUAUCUUGUGUUUUGUAAUCGGGGCGUUAGCAAUCGUGGGAUUCGGUGUUCGGAAGUAUUACAGACCCCGCACUGUGACCGGCAACAUAAGGCCCCAAGUAAACAUACCGCGUAACCUUCGGCAAAAUCCUGGAUUCGAACAACAAGAAAGCUACUCUAUGGCUGAAAUAAAUGACCAAGCUGUCCCAGACACGCCUGCUACACCACAACCACCAUAUAACCCAACAUGGUAUGGAACACAUAGCAUACAAGAAGUUUAAUCAAGCACAUUUUACACGAACUUCGUAUUGUUUUGUUACGUCACAAUAAUUGAUUGAUCGUCACAAUCCAUAGAAUCGAUGAAAAUAGCAUAAAAUGACAAAAUUUAUAAAACAAAGUGUCCUGUGGUAAAGUUUUUUUGUCUUGUUGUGUUUACACAGGCUAAUUAAGUACAAUGCUUUGCCUUCUACUGAUUUUUACUGUGGGGAAAGAUGGGACACCUUUAGCGCAUGCUAUCCGAAUAUCCUGAUCGUGUUUUAAACAAUUAACAACGGUCUAUGGGAGUUGUGAGGAUACGGUUUUAUAAUUCUUUAAAUUAUUUUUUUACUACCAAAUAUAGGAAAAGAAAAAGGAAUAAAUAGGUGUACCAUCUCUUCCACCGCACUAUAUUUCAUUUCUAUUUGAUAUGGCCGAAAUUUUACAGGCAGUUUUAUUUUGUCAAAUAUAUAAACAUACACAUUC